AUAAUAAAAAUUAAUAAAAAUGGUUGGUUCAUUAUUGAGUGGUAUUAACAAAAAUUUAAUAAAUAAUAAAUCAAAUAUGGAUAUGAAUAAGCAAUCAAAAUAUUUUAAAAUAAACAGAAUGAAUUUAUAUUCAGUAUCAUAUGUACAAGCUGAUGAAUAUAAACGUUCAUUUCGAAGAACUGAAGUUGUUUAUAAAAGACCACCAAUUGAUUCAGAUCGAAUAACAUGGAAAGAUCCAAGAAAAUAUAAGCUAAUGCAUCGUCAAUGUCUUGUUGAAUUGUUGAAAAAAGUACCAGUUGUUUAUUCAGAUAAAGAUAAUGCAGAUGAUUUAAAAAAACAUUUAAAAAAAGCAUUGGUUGAGGGUAAUUGUAUUAAAUCAUCAUAUUUCGGUACCUCUUACAGUGAAGAACUUAGUAAAUUUGCUGAUAGUUGUCUUGAUAAUAUUAUUAAAAUUUCUGACAAAGCUGAAGAUAAAAAUAACAACAUUUUUAAUGAUAAAGAUGUUGAAAAUCAUGAUGAAUAUAAACCAAAUUUUGAUGACAGUGAUAAUGAUGAUAUUGUGACCCGUCAUGAAUUGAUUCAAGAUCCAAAUGAUGAUGAAAAUGUUAAGAAUAAUUAUGAUAGUUGUGAUAAUGAUAGUAAUAAUAAUAAUAAUGAUGAUGAUGAUGGUGGUGGUAGUGAUAGUAGUGUUGAUAAAACUGUCGAUGAUGUAAUUAAAUCCAUGGAUGACGAUAGCGAAAAUAAUAUUAAAAGUUGCGAUGAAGAUGAUAAUAAUGAGGAUGAGAAUACAGAAAGUAUUGAUGAUAAUAUAGAGGAGGGUGAUAUUACAGAAAGGGAAAUUAAUGAUAUUAAUAUUGAUAUUAACAGCAAUCGCGAAAAAUCACCUGAGUACGAUUACUUUCCUGGUAAUUGUUUUCCGGAUGAGUUUUCAACUAACAAAGAGGAGAAAAUACCAGAUUUAAUUGAUGACGGUUGUGGUAAUGACUUUGUGGUGAAUCAUAUUAAAAAAACUAUAAAGUUGAAAUUUAAUUGUUCAAAUAAAAAAAACGUUACCGUUGAAUUAUUAAAUAAAUCACCUGUAGCAUCAUUUGAAAAACCACCGGAAUUGCCAGAUAAAGAACUGAAAGAUUCAUCAGCUGAGUUACUUGAAAACCCACCAAAAUUACCAGUUAAAGAAUUGACAAAUUCAUCAGCUGAAUUAUUUGAAAAACCACCAGAAUUAUCAGCUGAAUCAUUGGAAAACGCACCAGAAUUACCAAUUAAAGAACUGACAGAUUUAUCAGCUGAAUUAUUUGAAAAACCACCGGAAUUAUCAGCUGGAUCAUUUGAAAAACCACCAGAAUUAUCAGUUGAAAAACCAACAGAAUUAUCAGUUGAAAAUCCAACAGAUUUGUUAUUUGAAGAGUCAAAUAGAUCAACCACUGAAGAAUUAGAUGAGCAACUUGAAGAAAGAUUACUUGCCUCAGGGAAUUCAUCGGAUGUAAAUUUAUCAUCAAAAAAUCUUGAAACAGAUGAAACAAUGGAUAAAAUUAAAAAAAAACAAACAACAAGUUUUUCCGCUGCAGAAGAUGAUACUGAGGUCAUUGGCAUUUCUCCACUAUUUGAAAAAAUUGCAGAUAUACCGGAUGUAGAACAGCCAGAUAUCAGUUCAAGUGAUAUUACAUCCGGAAUAAUGAAUUUAAUUAAAAAAUCAACAAAAAAACGUCGUGGUUUAUCACCCAUUGAUAAUCAUCCUUCUAAAAAAAUUUGUGAUACUCAAAAUAAUUCUGAGUUGUCGACAUCAGACACAUUAUUGAAGAAAAAAAACAAAAAACGAUCAAGACAUACAUCUGAAACAUUGGAAAAAAAUGUAAAAACAUCAUCAAACGAUUCUGAUGAUGAUAAAAGUGGAUCAUCAGUUGAUGAAUCAUUAAUCAUUAAAAAAAUUGAGGAAAAUUCAAAAAAAAUUAUAAACAACUCAUCAACACCAGUUGUUCAAAAUAUUGUUGAUGAUAAACAAAAUCAAAAUGAUGGACAUCGUACACCAACACAAGUUGGAUCAUCAAAAAAACGAAGAAUAUCAAGAGUACCAAGUACAAUAAAUAAAUCACCACCACCAAUAAAAAGUAUAAAUAAAUUACAACAAGAAUCAUCAAUUGAACAAGUUAAAGCAAGAACAAUUGAGGAUUCACGUAGAAAAGAAUGUGCAAAAAAAGCACAAACCCAAAUACCUAAUAGGACAUUGAAAAAAAUCACUAAAUGUUUAAAACGUUCAUCAAAUGAUAUUCGAUUAGAAUCAGAAUUAAGACGUCAGUCAAAUGAUUCAGGUGAUGAUUCAUCACAAGAUCAACAUGAAAAUACUGAAAAAAUCAACAAAAAAAUAAGUAUAAAUGAUUAUAUCUUGAAUAAAAAUCGUAAAAUUCAAGGUGAAUAUGAAAAAUUAAAUGUAUCAGUAAAUUCAUUGAAUGAAUCGAAAAAACAAUCAUUACCAUUUAUUGAUGAUGUUUGUGAUGAAACAAAAUCACCUGAAAAUAUAAGUGAAACUGAUAAACUACUCGAUCAAGAGGAAAAUAAAUCAACAAUAAGUUCACCAACUGGUAAUUCCAUUGACGAUCAACAAGCAUCUGCCAAAACAAAUACUAAUGUAUCAAGAGAUCCACGAAUAAAAUUAUUAAAUAAACAUAAUGAUGAAAAUAAAAAAACAGAAAAACAUAUAGAAUCAACAUUAGAUUAUGAUGAGUUGGAUCUUGGUCAAGCUGCUCUUGAUUGUCCAGAAAAUUCACCAGAAGUUGUAAGAUUAUUAGAUCCUGAUCUUAUUGUUGAAGGUUGUUGGACAGAAACAAUAAAAAAAAACAAUGAGACUAAUUCAUCAAAUGAUAAUGAUGAUUGUAUUGUAACUGCUGAAGGUGUAACACAAAAACUUGAAAGUGGUGCUGAAAUAUUUAUUCCAUUAGAAUCACUUCAAGUUGCUGAUAAUAAAUUAUCAAAACCACAGUUUAAAGUAGAUUCAAAAGCAAUGAGUGUCAUUAAUGAUGUAAUUAAUAAUCCCAAGAGUCUUGAAUCAAGUUUAUUAACAGCCACAAUGGAAGCCAUAAAAAAAAAUACAAAUAAAACAAAUGAAUGCAAUAAUGAUAAUAAUAAUAAUAAUGAACAAGUACAAAUAAAGGGUAUUAUUAAAGUACGCAAUUUAGCUGAUAUGACUGAUGCAACACCAAAACCAGUACCAUUACCAAAUUAUGAAAAAAUUGAAAAACUCAAAAAAAAAUCAAUAAAAUCAACUGGUAUACCUAAAAUCUAUGAUCAAUUAAAAGUUAAUGUAUCUGAUAAUUUUGAUGAUUAUCAAUGUACUUACGAUGAAAUAUUGUCUCGUAUAGCUGAUAUAAUGCAGCCAUUUUUGUAUAACAGAGAUUGGUAUGCAGGUGAUCCAAAACCAAUAACAACUGAUGGAAAAAUUGGUAGACAAGCUAAAAUUAUUCUUAAUUAUUUGAUACUUGUAUUUAAAAAAACUUAUGAUAAUAAUUUAAAUUCUGUUGCUAAAUCAUUAUCGGAUUUAUUUAAAAAGGAAAAAUUACCAUAUCAACUAAAUGAAUGUGAGAUUAUUAAAGUUAUUAAAGAUUCUUUUAAUAUUACACCUGAACUUUCUAGUUAUUACGACUUUAUUUUUUCAUUUCUUCCUCCUGUUGAUAUGGUUAAAAAAGACAAUAGACAAAAACAAGUUAGACAGGAAAAUUUAUUAAGUAAUCAGAUCAUAAACCCAACUUGUGCUGAAUGCAAUGUUGCACAAACAAUUCAACAAUCACCAUUGAAAAAUUUGGAAAAUGUUUUUGGACCUGGUUACCCAACAACACCAGUUACGACUCGAGUUAACAACACAACGAUGUACAAUAAUCAGGGUCCACCUCCUCCGUAUCCUGGCGGUCCAAUUUCUUCAACUCAACAAUUACCAACUGUUGAUGUUCAACAAAGUUAUCAAUCAUCAAAUACAAAUCAAGAUCAAUUGAAACGUCAAUUGGUACCACCGCCUACUGAUCUACAUCAAGCAAAAAAACCAAAACCAAAUGAAUUUCAAAAUAUUGUUCGUCGACGAGUCCAAGAAAUGACAGCACCAUGUAAAUUACCAACAAUGUUGCAACAGCCAACAUUACAACAACAGCAAAUUCAUCGAGCUUCUCAACCACAGAUUCCACAAGUAUCCCAACAUGUCCAACAAUUAACACAACAGCAACAGAUUCCACAAACAUCUCAACAACAUAUCCAACAAAUAACACAACAGCAACAGAUUCUACAAACAUCCCAACAACAUAUCCAACAAUUAACACAACAGCAACAAAUUCAACAAAUAACACAACAGCAGCAUAUUCCACCAACAUCCCAACAACAUAUCCAACAGACAUCCCAACAACAUAUUCAGCAAAUAACACAACAGCAACAAAUUUCUCAACCCCAGCAAUUACCAAAUCAAUUACAAAAUAACAACAAUAUGACAAUACCAGUUCAUAUAUCAUCACAUGGUCAUUAUCGUCAACAAAAUCAACAAAUGGCAAAUUACAACUCUAGCAUGGCUGUAUCAAAUAAUGUUUAUCAAUCAUACACUAGUGUUCCUCAAAAUGUUAAUUAUGAAUACUCGUAUGGAGCAUCACAAAAUCAAGGAUUGCCUUCAGCGUCACUUGAUAAUUUUAGUGGUCAACAAGUUCGUUCACCAACAGUUAAAAAAGCAAUGCCCCAAAAUCAGAAAUCUAUACAGGUACAACAAGAUAUUUAUCUUACUAAUCAACAGCAGCAACAGCUUGCUCAACAACAGCAACAGUUUGCUCAGCAACUUGCACACCAACAGCAAGUUACAAAACAACACCAACAAAUGCAAUCUUCACAAAAUCAGUUGCCACAUAUUGGACAGCAGGAAUAUAUUGCACAACAACAGAAAUUAAUUCAACAACAGCAGCUUGCACAACAAAAUAGAAAUCGUCCAACAAAUAUUCCACGAAUUGCUACUAUGAAUUGUCAAGUACCAACUUGUCAAAUACCAGUUAAUAUGUCUUCGCAUCAACAAGCCACACAAAAUUUACCAAGAAGUAUACAGCAAGUGCAACAAGUUGCUGGACAACAAAUUGAAACAAGUCAAGUAGAACGACCUAUAUAUAUUUCUAAUUUACCAAAAGGUAUACAACAAAGAUUUAAAACAGAUACUCGUUGUGCUGGACCAAAUCAAUCUGUACCACGUAUGAGUAAUUUAGUAUAUAUUCAAACAACUCAACCAAGAGCACAACAAGCUCAAACAAUGCAAAAUAUAGUACAACUACCUCCACAAAUUACACAGUCAAGCCAAUGCAUUUAUUCAAAUCAAGUGCAACAAAACGUAUCACAAAUACAACAAGAAGUUCCAUUAAGAACUGCUGUUGAUUAUAAUACAGCUAAUAAUGAUAAAAUACGCAGUGAUUUAUCAUCAAAUACUGCUUGUUCGACAGCACAGCUGUUUUUACCUUAUACUAAUGUAGCAGUUUCUCAACCGAACAAUAUUUCAAUGAAUCAAACACAACAAAACAAUCAACAAAUACAAUCAAAUUCAUCACCUCAAAACAGAUCAAUUAAUGAACAACAUACAAUAUCACCAGUACAAACUGCUCAAAAUAAGUUACCUUCAUCAUUGAUAAAUACACAAAGUUCAUCAACAAAUAAUGCUCAACAAUUAUAUUCAAAUCAAUUUUUACAACGUACAACAGUUAAUACAAAUGAUAAUAAAAUAUCAUCAUCAUCAUCAUCAGUAAUAACACAAGUGAAUUCUCAAAUGCCUGUGAAUAAUAAUUAUAAUUAUAACAACAACAAUAAUAAUAAUAUGACAAUAAGACCAGUUGGUGUUCUUCAAAAUUCACAAUACAUUAACAAUAAUAAUCAAGUAGUUAAUUCAUCAGCACAAAUACAAAAUAUAGUUAAUAAUAAUCAACUUAUUUUUAUUAAUCAUUCUGUACCAAGACAACAGUUAACAUCAGUAAAUGUAACAGGAUUGUUACCAUCUCAAGUUUUACCAAAUCAAACAUCAUUACAACAAAAAAAUCAUCAAAAUUCAAUGAAUCUUGCAUAUGCUAAUAAUAAUAAUAUGUGGAAUUCACAACAAUUAAUAACUUCAAAUUUACCACGCGUUGCUCAAAAUACUGUAUCACAAGGUAUAGGCUCAGUUCUAAUUCCAGUUGUAGCUGCAACAUCAGUAAUAUCUACACCUCCACUUUUAGUUAUAGCUUCAGCUACUACAUCUGCUUCAACUACUACUUCUGCUUCAACUACAAAUACGGUUUUAGCUUCAGUUAUAACUAAAACUCCAGCUCCAACUACAACUGUAACUCCAGCUCCAAGUACAAUUGUAACUCCUGCUCCAGCUACAAUUACAACUACAACCAUAACUACAACCACUACAACUACAACUACAGCUACAGCUUCGGCUUCCGUUCAAAAUGUUUCUUCUGUACCUUACAAACCACUUACAAGUGUUGAAAGAAUACCAGUUAUCAUUCAGUUACCUGAUGAUACUUUGAAACAGCCAAGUGUACCAAAAGAACAGGCAGUCAUUGAGAAACCAUCAGAAACUUUGGCUUGUGGCGAAAAAGAUGUAAAUAAUAAGAAAACCGAGCCAAAUGAAUCAGAAAAGCUCGAAAAUGUUGAACAACUUCCACAAACAUUAAGUAAAAUUGUCGAUAAUCAUCCAAUUGAAUUAACACUCGGUAAAACGACAACAGAACAGUUAAAAACAAAUGAAAAAAAAUCAUUAAACAAAGAAAAGCAGUAUUCCUCAAUGGCAAUACAAACAAAUUCAUGUCUUGGUGAUGAUCAUCCAUUUUCUCGUGAUCCUGGUGUACCUGUAUUAUCAAGAUUAUCAAAUACAACAAAUUUCAAUGAGCAUAAUGAUUCAAAUAAAGUUGAUAAACUAGAUGAUUUAUCAAUAAAUAAAAAUUCAUCAGAAACUUUAUUGAAUAAACAAGAUAAUACUAAUAAUUUAAUUCAAGAUAAGUCAGUUGAUUUGACUCUUUUUAGUCUAAAAAUUGAUAGAAAAAUACCAGCAUCAUCACGUCCAAUUGAGCAUGAAAAUUCUGUUUCAGAACAUGAUGAAAGUUAUGAUUAUGAUUCAUCAAGUGAUAUUGAAAUAAUUGCUGAUAUUCCUCAACAAACUGUGUUACCAAAAUUAAUUGAUACUACACAAAAUCAAACGCUUAAUGUCAAACUCGAAGAUUAUUCAAUUAAUGAGCCAGAUGAACAAGAUAAAGAUAAAAUUGUUGAUAAAAAUGUAGAACCUAAAGCGUCGUCAAGUCCUUUAUUAAAUAGUAAAAACGCCAAAGAUUUGUGUUAUAAUGAAGAAUUGAAUCCUGCGUAUGAAGAAUUAAAAAGAGCAUGGGCAAAGGAAAGUGAAUUAAAUCAAGUAAGUCAAUCGACGACAAACUAUCAUGAUGAUAAUAAUGACAGUGAUAUUGAAAUAAUUGAUGAUGAAUCAAAUUUAGCAAAUAAAUUUAUUAAGAUAAUUGAUAAAAAACCAGAAAUUGAAAAAUUACAAGAAUUAUCUAAAAAUUAUAAUGAUAAAGUUGAUGAAACAGUAGAUAGUACAUCACAUGUUCUACAAGAAAAAAUACCAACUGAUAAUUUAAAAACUGAACCACAAACUGAUUUACAAAAUGGACAAAUACCUGAUGAUACAGAAAUUGAUUAUUUAGCACAAGAAAUAAAAAUAGAAAUAGCUUUAUGUGAUUGGUGUAAAGAAAAAGAAGUUACAGUAAUGUGUGGUAAAUGUCAUAAACAAAAAUAUUGUUCUGAAGAUUGUCAAGAAAUUCAUUGGAGUCAUGAUCAUGAAAAUGAGUGUUUGGAGAUUGACCCAGAUUCAAAUGAUAUUCCAGUCAUCGAUUUGGAUUAAAAAAUAUUAAGAAUAAAUUAUUAAUUUAAGAACAAAAAAAAA